CAUCUCCGUAACCGUUACCAGGCAAUACCGACUUACCAAUGAUUCCCUAUCAUCCCUUUACCGUAAUGACUAGUGAACAGUGAACACGUGCUCGGUGCUGCGUUAGCCGUGAAGAGCCUGAAGAGGGGAAUUGCUGACUGCUACGCUACGCGGCUACGAUAUUUACUGCAUUGGUUGGCAAUAUUCUCACCUUGAGGAAUUUACUGGAAAAAAGAUGCCUGCCAUUUCAUCACACUCGACUCAGAGACAGCAGUCUGCUGUCAGCUUCUAUGUUUCUCAGAAAAAGAAGCUAUCCGUUCCAAUGAAGAAGAAAAAAAGCAAAAAAGGCAAGGCAAUUGACAAGUUGGUCAAGACAGUUAAGGCUCCUGGCCAAGGAAGCUCAUCAGCCAGGAAUUGUGAAGCAUCACUAUUGACUGUACAAGAUAAAACUCUAGUCGUGGCUAAGACAAAAAAAAGUUCCAUGCCUCAAAAAAAUAAACAAAUUAAAAAAACAUCUUGUGAUUUAUCAAGUAAUUUGGAAAUGGAGAACCGUGUGGUUAAACAGUGUCCAUUAAAAAAUAAGAAAAUAAAAGAUAAAAAAUUAGAAAAUCAUUCAGAAAGAGCAAUGAAUCAAAGAAGUGAUGAAUUAUCAACUGGCUUGCUUGCAAAAAAAUUACGUCCAGAAAGUAAUUCAUCACUGGCUUUUUCAGUUUCUGCAAAGUCCGACUCAACCUCAAAUGAAAAUGGUAAUGGGUGUGUGAAGAAAGAAAAAAUAUCAACAUUUAGUAUGAGACCCAAAAUCAACACAAAGCCAAGGAAAUUGACUGUAAAACCGAAGAACUUUACAGAGCUUUUAAAUACUUUGAACUGUGUUGGUGACUCAAAGAACAGCGGUCGUACUCUAUUUGCAUAUUUAAUAAAAUCAUAUUCUCAUUAUCCAGGUAAGGAUUUUUAUUCCUACUUCAAAAACGAUUUUUGGGAAUCUAAGCCGAUCUUGAUUCAGAGGAAACUCCCUCAUUAUUUCGAUGGUCUUUUUUCAAUGGACACUUUUGAUAAAAUUCUACGCGAGCAAUACAUUGAGUACACCAAAAACCUGGACGUGACAUCAUACAGCGAUGGCGUCAGGCAGACACACAACCCAUCAGGUCGUGCCUACGCGGCCGUAGUUUGGGACUACUUUAGUAAUGGAUGCUCGCUGCGCCUGCUCAACCCUCAGACGUUCCACGAGCCAGUGUGGCGUACUCUUAGUGUUCUGCAAGAACUUUUCGGUUCCUUCUGUGGUGCAAAUAUUUACCUCACUCCAGCCGGCACCCAAGGAUUUGCCCCACACUGGGAUGAUAUCGAAGCUUUCGUCUUGCAGCUAGAAGGCAAGAAAAGGUGGCGAGUUUACAAUCCUCGCUCUGCCGAAGAAGUUUUGCCGCGGUAUUCUUCACCCAACCUGACCCAAGAAGAGAUAGGAGAGCCAAUCAUUGACGUUGUGCUCGAACCAGGUGACACUCUUUACUUCCCUCGUGGUUAUAUCCAUCAAGCUGAAGCCGUAUCUGACACUUAUUCUCUUCACAUCACGAUAUCCAUGUACCAGAAAAAUGCUUGGGUAGACGUUCUUGAAAAAAUCUUCUCGCCUGCUUCACUCAAUGGAAUGGCAGAAAAAGACGUCUCCUUAAGGAAGGGCUUGCCUAUAGGUUGCAUAGGCUACAUGGGUUCAACUGCGGCUCAAAUAUAUGCAAAUGAUGUUUGGAAGAAUGAAAGAUGUAGCAAUAUCUCCAAUCUCCGCAAGAAAUUCAAGGAGGAAGUGAUGUCACGGGUUAGCAGCAUGCUUACCGAGGACGUCUUGGACCGAGCCAUGGAUGAAUUCGCGCGCCAGUUCGUGCGCGUCGCACUGCCUCCAUGCCCCACUGAAGCUGAUAAAGAGUGCACCGUAGAAUAUGACGGAGAGUACUGGCACUCAACUAUGUUUAGAGGCAGAGCCGAAAUCGAGCCUGAAACUAAGAUCAAGCUACUGGGCAGCUCGACACUCAGAGUGGUGCAGGAAUGGGGGGAUGCCAAAGACGAGUAUCGCGUGUACCACAGCGUGGAAAACAGUCGCGAGUACGAGGGGCGUGAAGAGCAGUUCGUCGUUGUGGACAAGAAGCAUCUUCCGGCUGUGCAGCAUCUCAUUAUCAUGUAUCCUCGCUACACAGCUAUUGAGGAUCUACCUCUCGCAACACUCGAAGAUAAGAUGACCGUGGCUAUGUCACUGUGGGAGCAACGCCUCGUUAUUACCGAGACACCGCUGCCUUCUGACGACUACAGCAGCUCGAACGAAUCUAACAGCUCGAGCGAAUAAAACAGCUCGUGCGACUGCUGCAGAGACUCCGACGAUUAGCUGAUCGUUUCUCAGUCCUGCCUUAAAUCCUUGUUGACACAGACGCUGUCAUUUUUUUUACCAUCUGGCCUCAUAUUGGCCGAUCUUGAGUGCGUUAUUAAAGAGUAUGGAAAC